AUGGGUAGGCACGAUAGUUCCUCUGAUGAAGAGGAAAGAGAUAGAAAGAGAGAUAGGAGAAGAAGACAGAGACACAGAGACAAGCGCCGUGAAAGGGAAGCAAAGAGCGAAGUUGCAAAGCCCAACGUGCCAGAACUCAAUCCAUCGUCUGAUAGCAAUGCUAGGGCUUUGGGGAAAACAGGAGGAGUUUAUGUUCCACCGUUCAAGCAAGAACGUAAGAUGAAGGAGAUUGAAGAUAAGAGCAGCGUAGAGUACCAACGUCUUACAUGGGACGCUCUUCGUAAAAGUAUUAAUGGAAUUGUGAAUAAGAUUAAUGCAAGAAACAUCGAGAACGUAAUCCCUGAACUGUUCGCUGAAAAUCUCAUCAGAGGAAAAGGACUCUUCUGCUGUUCUUGUAUCAAGUCUCAAAUGGCUUCUCCUGAAUUCACUGACGUCUUUGCAGCUUUAGUCGCGGUUGUUAACUCCAAAUUCCCUCAAGUUGGUCUACUUCUAUUGAAAAGGGUUGUUUUGCAGCUAAUGAGAGCGUGUGCUUGUAACGACAAACAUCAGGUUAUUGCUGCGGUUAAGUUUAUAGCACAUCUAGUAAACCAGCAAGUUGCUAAGGAGAUCAUCGCACUUGAAUUAGUCACUCUACUUCUUGGCAACCUGACUGAUGACAGUGUCGAACUGGCUGUUGUGUUUGUGAAAGAGUGUGGCGCAAGGCUUCAGGACGUUACACGGAAAGGACUGAAUGAGAUUUUUAAGCGGUUUCUUAGUAUAUUACAUGAAGGAGACAUAGAUAAGAGAGUUCAGUACUUGAUUGAAGGGCUCUACUUUACCAAAUUUCCAAAAAAUCCCGCUGUUCGUCCUGAGUUAGAUCUCGUAGAAGAACAAUACUCGCAUUAUGUCUCUCUAUAUCAUAAAAUAGAUCCUGAAACAUCUCUUGAUGUUUUCAAACCUGAUCCUGACUUCCUCGAGAACGAAAAGAACUACGAGGAACUCAAGAAGGAGUUACUUGGUGAGGAAGAAGAUGGCUCUGAUGCUACUUCAGAGGACGAAGAGGAUGAAUUUGAUGAAAAAGCAAUGCGAAUAAGAGACAAGGAGACUAAUAUUGUCAAUCUGAGGAGGAUGAUAUACCAGACCAUUAUGUCCAGUGAUGAUUUGGAGGAAGCAAGUCACAAGUUACUUAAAAUCAAACUUGAACCAGGUCAAGAGAUGGAACUAUGCAUAAUGCUUCUUGAAUGUUGCUCUCAAAAGAGAACUUAUCUUCAUUACUACGGUUCGUUGGGUCAGCGUUUCUGCAUGAUCAGCAAAAUUUAUCAAGAGAGUUUUGAGAAAUGUUUUGUUCAGCAGUAUUUGAUGAUCCACCGUCUCGAGACUAACAAGUUGCGUGGCGUUGCUAGGUUUUUUGGCUAUUUACUUGCAACAGAAGCUAUCCCGUGGCAUGUGUUUUCCUACAUUAGGUUAACUAAGGAGGAUACAACCUCUUCAUCUCGUAUCUUCCUUAAGUUCCUUUUUGAGGAAUUGUCAGAACUCUUGGGGAUUAGGUUGCUUAAUGAGAGGCUUCAGUAUUUAGCAAUGCAGGAAUCACUUGAAUCUAUCUUCCGUAAAGAUAAUCAAGAGAACGUGAGGUUUUCAAUCAAUUUCUUUACCUCCAUUGGUCUUAGUGGCCUCACUGAGAAUCUCAGAGAGUAUCUGAAGAACAUGCAACACCUCGUCAUCAUUCAACAGCAGGUGGAAGUUGUGGAAUCAGAAUCAGGAUCUGACAGUUUUGGUUCCGAGUCUGAUUCUGAGUCAGACUCAUCAUCUUCUUCUUAUUCUGAUUCUGAUUUGGAUGAAAGCGACAGAGAGAAGAGGAAGCGAAGAAGAAGAGGUUGA